CAGGACGGCGCGCGGGGCUUCUUUCGAGGUGUGCUGCCCAACAUCUUGGGAUCCUCUUUGGCCUGGGGCUUGCAGAUGCCGCUCUACCAGCAGUUCAAGAUCUUCGCACGCAGCUCCAAGGUCGAUGCCCAUCUCGCUGCCAAAGAUAGCGCCUGUUCUUUGGCGGCUGGCGCGGCCACCAAUGUGGUGGUGCAUCCAUUCUUCUUGAUCAAGACCCGCCUGCAGCUGCAAUUGCACAGCUCCAGCGUCCCUGGCGGCUACCGGGGGGCCUUGCAUGCGGUUGAAACCAUCGCCAUGGAAGAAGGUCUGCGAGGCGGGGAGACCCGGGUUCGGCGACUCCAAG